AUGAGGACCCUGGACAGUGGGAUUGGAACCUUCCCACUCCCAGACGCAGGAACACGCGCCGCGGGACGGUACAUACGCCAAGCAGAUGCCCCUGAGGACACUGACCCCAGCCUGUGUCUCCAGCCGGCCCUUUGUGCAGUUUCUUCCAUGAGAGCCCAGACCCUUGAAAGAGAAGUGCCUUCCGCUGCAGAUAGCCAGGGCUCUGCGGACAACGCCAUUGUUCACUCCGCAUCCGACCCCAUCAUGACUGCCAGAGGGAUGCGACCUCUUCAAAGUCUCCUCCCCAAACCAGCCUCCUCAGGAAAAAUCAAUUCCCAAAUGCAGAGUGAAGCCGAGCCAAGUUCUCAAAAUUGUUCAUCAUUCGAAUAUGUUGAAAACACAAUGGCGAGCAAGCCACUUCCAGCCUGGGAGGGUGAAGGCGCUGCUGCAGAGACCCAGGACAAGAAAUUGAAACAAGUUGAAGAAACAAGAGAAGAUCCUGAGAACAGAUUAUGCAAAAUUUCCCUGGAGUCAUUCAAUAAAUAUAACGGCAAUACUGUGAUCUUAUUAGGAAAGGAGAAGAACUCUUUGAACAAGGUUGAAGGACAGAAGGAAGAAAAAGAGAAAACUGAAGAGGCCUCUUUGAGUAGCUCCGAUAGGCCUGGGGUAGACCAUCUGGAAUCUUUGAGUGAUUCUUUAUAUGACAGCUUCUCUUCCUGUGCAAGUCAGGGUUCAAAUGAUGUAUAA